AUGACGACGUUAUUGCACGCUGGGGAUGAGGCGAGAUGCCUCUCGGAUAUCAAUCGAUUCGUGCAUGAUAGAUGGCGCCCCUCGGCCAAGAAACUAUGGGAUAACAAGGCGGCUGGCGAUUGCAAGCCGCCGCUGCCGCCUUUGCACCUGCCCGCACCGCACGAACAACUCUGGAGGGACAGCACGUGGUCCACACAAGAAGUGUCACAAGCUAUGAUGUCUUCUCGUCGUGCAUUUCCUGCUCAGAUCGGCAGCAGUGGCGCUGACAAUGCUUCCAUAUUGUCACCACGCGAUUCAACGAGCGGUCUAGGUGUAAAAAUGGUGGAAUAUGUAUUAGGUGGAUCCCCUACGGCUAAAGAGAGCCCAGCUGGUAACAACGAUGUCAAACAAGAAGCACAAGGGCAAAAUCAGACACAAAAUUCGAGCGCUAAUAAUAAGGACAACAAGGGUGGCAGCCCAUUUGACGUCAAUGGCAAAAAGGAAGAUUGUUGCCUGCAGCAAAAUGGACAAGUCAACGGAGUUGAUGAUGAUAAAGGAUUCAAAUUUCAUCCACCUAGAAGACCGGAAUCACUGCAGCAGUGA